AGCGGACAGAGCAGAGCUGUCAGUGGAGCAGCCCAGUGGUAUCGACAGGCAGGGAAAGCCCUUAGACAGUAAGUACAGUGUCUCCGGUGAAGACCGCCGCUCCGCUCUCUGCUGGCUCUACUGUGAGGGCUGCGCCUCUACACGGAUUGAAAACACUUCAACACAGCGACACUGAGCUGUAGCAUUGAUUUGUUUCUAGGGGGGACAUGGCUGAUGUAAGUUCAAACGAGUCGUCCGGCGGGGACGUGGCGAACAGGUUUGCUCGCAAAGGUGCUUUGAGGCAAAAAAACGUCCACGAGGUCAAGAACCAUAAAUUCAUAGCCAGGUUCUUCAAGCAGCCGACUUUCUGCAGCCACUGCACCGACUUCAUCUGGGGGUUUGGAAAACAAGGAUUCCAGUGCCAAGUUUGCUGUUUUGUGGUCCACAAGAGGUGCCAUGAAUUAGUCACAUUCUGCUGCCCAGGGGCAGAUAAGGGGCCCGACACAGAUGAUCCCAGAACGAAGCACAAGUUCAAGAUCCACACCUAUGGGAGCCCCACCUUCUGCGACCACUGUGGCUCUCUGCUGUAUGGCCUCAUCCACCAGGGCAUGAAGUGCGACUCCUGCGAUAUGAACGUCCACAAGCAGUGUGUUAUGAACGUGCCCAGCCUGUGUGGAACCGAUCACACUGAAAGGAGGGGGCGUGUUUACCUCAAGUGUGAGGUCACUGCGGAUAAGCUGCAGGUCACAGUGGGUGAAGGCAAAAAUCUGAUCCCCAUGGACCCCAAUGGCCUGUCUGAUCCGUAUGUCAAGCUCAAGCUCAUACCAGACCCCAAAAAUGAGACCAAGCAGAAGACCAAAACCAUCCGCUCCAACCUCAACCCCAAAUGGAACGAGACCUUCAAUUUCAAGCUGAAGCCUUCAGAUAAGGACCGCAGGCUGUCAGUGGAGGUGUGGGACUGGGACCGGACCACUAGGAAUGACUUCAUGGGGGCCCUGUCCUUUGGCGUAUCAGAGCUCAUGAAGGCUCCAGUCUGUGGCUGGUAUAAGUUAUUGUGCCAGGAGGAGGGGGAGUACUACAAUGUUCCCAUCUCUGAGGAGGAUGACGGGAAUGAGGAACUGAGGCAGAAAUUUGAGGAUUGCCAAAUUAACUUUAGUCUAAAGAAAGCCAAGCUAGGCCCAGGUAAGAAGGUGAUCACCGAGACGGACGACAGCCACUCCAGCCAGCAGACUCAAAACAGCCUGGACCAGGUCAAACUCAGCGACUUCAGCUUCCUGGCUGUGCUGGGGAAAGGGAGCUUUGGCAAGGUCAUGUUGGCAGAGAUGAAGGGUACUGAAGAGCUGUACGCAAUAAAGAUCCUGAAGAAGGACGUGGUGAUUCAGGACGAUGAUGUGGAAUGUACCAUGGUGGAGAAGAGAGUCCUGGCCCAACAGGACAAGCCGCCCUUCCUCACAUACCUCCAUUCGUGCUUCCAGACUGUGGACCGUCUGUACUUUGUCAUGGAGUAUGUGAACGGGGGAGACCUCAUGUAUCAUAUUCAACAAGUGGGCAAGUUCAAGGAACCUCAGGCAGUGUUCUAUGCAGCAGAGAUCGCUGUUGGUCUCUUCUUCCUGCACCUUAAAGGAGUCAUCUACAGGGAUCUGAAGUUGGACAACGUGAUGCUGGACUGUGAGGGACACAUUAAGAUUGCUGACUUCGGCAUGUGUAAAGAGAACAUGAUAGAAGGAGUGACCACGCGCACCUUCUGCGGCACCCCAGACUACAUAGCCCCGGAGAUCAUUGCAUAUCAACCAUAUGGACGUUCUGUAGACUGGUGGGCAUAUGGAGUUCUGCUCUACGAAAUGCUGGCAGGACAGCCUCCAUUCGAUGGCGAGGAUGAAGAUGAAUUGUUCCAGUCUAUUAUGGAGCACAACGUGUCCUACCCCAAGUCCAUGUCCAAAGAAGCGGUCUCCAUCUGCAAAGGGCUGAUGACCAAGCAUCCAUCCAAGCGUCUGGGCUGUGGCACUGAGGGAGAGAGGGACAUCAGAGAACACGCCUUCUUCAGACGUAUUGAUUGGGAACGCCUCCAGAACAGGGAGAUACAGCCGCCCUUCAAGCCCAAAGUGGGCUCCAGUUCCUCUAAUAAGUGUGGCAAAGGAGCAGAGAACUUUGACAAGUUCUUUACACGAACCCAGCCCCAGCUCACACCGCCAGAUGAGCUGGUUAUCGCCAACAUCGACCAGGCCGAGUUUGCAGGGUUCUCUUUCAUCAACCCACAGUUUGUACACCCGUCGCUCAUAAACAGCAUAUGAGAAGGAUGGGGAAGCGUCCCUGAAGAACCUCCCUGUUCACUGCCACCCACGCAAAGCAACCGUCAACCUAACAUCUGACCACAACUUGAUCAAGGCCCACUGUAAACCUUUAUGUAUUGGAUUUAUUCGCAAGCAGCAUUGUAGGGCAUGCAUAAUUGUUCUGUACAAUAUAUUUGCCAGUAUACAUUAUAUAGAUUAGAUCCUCAGCCAUCAAAAGAAAUGAUUUCCUUUAGUUUUAUGAUGAGCAUGUACUGUAGACAAGGAUGCCCUUCCUUAUCGCGGCAAUUAGUAUUGAAGGUUUUCCAUAAUUGGAGGCACUGAGACAGAAGGGUGUCAGGCUUUAGUUAUCUAUGCCACUAUAUAAUGACAUUUAGAGAAUAAUGGCUGUAUAUAAUAUAAGCAAGAGAAUAUUAAAGACGUAUGGUCCUGGAAAAGGUUUUAAUGCUUACAAAUCUGAAUAGAUAAACAUUAUGGUCUACAUAUCUAGUUGGUGGGUCACAGUUUGUUUCCAGUAUACCGUAGAUAUAAUGUGAUGACCUCAGAACCACUCACAUUAGGCAGCGUAGACUACAGCCAAAUAUGAAGGACAGGCAGUGCAGGCGCUGAAACAGCACCUUGUGAUUCAAUCUUUCCUGUAUCAUGUUUACAGUUUGUUUCCCCUGUUGAUGGUGAAGGUAUACAAUUCUCUUUAAGUCAAAUAUGAUUCUAGCCAGUCUCAACUUCCAGUGUGCGUAGCAAAUCAACUCAAGAUUGAACAGUUGUGUAAUUAUAGAAAAUAUGCAGCCUGUAAAAAUGCAAAUAUGUGAGACACAUAGGUAUGAAAGUGCAUCAGGUUUGAUUCCAAUCUAUCAAAACUUAGCUUGUUAGCUUAACAGUUAUUACCCUGUUUUACCUGCUCUCAGGGCUGGGCAAUAUGGAGAAAAUCACUUGUCAUGAUAUUUUUGACCAAAUACUUUGAUAACGAUAUUACGACAAUAUUGUAAGGUUGCCUGACACCAGACAGAAUUGUCAGCUGAUUAAACUCUGUUUCCAUUUUCAGUCUGACAUUUAACUGAUUUCUGUGGGGGAGGGAGAUACGAUUUUCCCUCACCAAUCACUCGAGGCAAUAUAUCAGUCUGAGUAUUACAUCAUUUUAAGUCCACACUGAUGUGUAGCCAUGCCAACAUACCUGUUUUGCCAGGGUUUUGAGUAGUAAAGGAAAGAAAACUACAAUAUCAGGUGAUAUUGAGAAGACAGUCAAUUUAGAGUAGCGUUGAUAGCAGUGUCUAUCUUGUCUGUAGCCUUCGUAGUUGUGGAGCACCACUUGACAAUGCUUAACAGUAGAUUGACAGCGAGUUAGCCCCACCUAUGGUACUAAUUGGCUAAUCGAGUCCUCCCACUGCACACAUUGAUUGUCUUUUAUAUUAACCGAGAAACUGAUGUCUCAUGUCACGAUACCAGACGAAUCAGUCAAUUUAAACUCGGUAAAGUGGGCUGCUUCAAAGAUGUGGACCUGGACAGAUUUCCCAAAAUAUUUACACAAUGAGAUUUUUGAUGAAUAUCAAAAGUAAUGUGGGUAUAAUGGCUAAGUGAAUAAAAGCAAACAGCUAGAAUGGUCUGGUCAGUUCAGAAGAUGGCAUCACUUUACUGUAAUGCAGCCUUUAAAACAAGGAAAAGACAACACUUACGAUACGGUAUCCAAAAUCUGAUGAUAUCUAGUCUCAUAUCAAAACAUUGAUAUAAUAUCAAUAUAUUGCCCAGCCCUAACAGUUACAAUUCACACACCAAUUUUCUGGCCCUUACUGAAGCUGCAGAUUGUAUACUUCUCUUGUCAAUAAUUUUGUGGACACUAUGUGGACACACAGUUAUCAGUUUAGUAUGUGGGCAGUGGUAGGACAUUCUUAUAUCUUCCUUCAGUUCAAAAAAAAAAAAAAAAAAAAAAAUCAACCCUAAAACAUUUACAGUUUGUCAUGUUUUAACAUUAGUCAGUGUGAACCACUGUCUCUGUCCCAUGAUACACCCAGAACUACAAAUCCUCCCAUUAGUCAUAAAUGUCUCAACAAAAACACACGUAUACAUUUUGCCAGUGCUUUGUUGUCCUAAAAACUAACACAUCCCUCAUUAGGAGUCUGUCAACACAAUAAUUCUGAGUUAAAUCACUUAUUUUUGCACCCCUUUUAAUUUCUUUAAUGUCUUUAAAAAUAGAUUAGUUUUUAAUCUCCUCUUCUUUUGUGAUCUCAUACAUAUUUUUCCAUUAGAUCAGAUUGAUAUUUUAAUGCAUCUACUAUCAGUGCAUAACUCCUUUGUAAAUAAUCAUGAGUUAUUUAAAAAGAGUAUAGCAAGUUACAGUUUUUAUACCAACACCUGAAUGUGCUUUUAUUACAUUAAUUAUAUAAAACCAAUAUUUGUAUGUGUAAAAAAGAAAAAAAAAAUAAACAAUGAAGAAAGUAACCCAGUGCAGAUCAACUUUGUAACAGCUGGAUGUCUUUAAGAGUCCAGAGUGAGCAAGUUGUGAAAUAUAUCUCUUCUACUUGUUUUGGCAGAUUUAUCAAAGCUUUUAUUUUCUUUAUUCAUAAACAAUGACUGCAAAUUGUGUGUUGAUUGGAUGCGUGUCUGGCUGUUGACUGUCCCGCUGUAUCUGCAUGCUGUUGGUAGGCAUCAUUCAUGCACGUGAUCCGCUAAAGGCUGCAUGCUAGUAAUUAUAAACGAGUUACAGUACGACCUCAGAGUGAUACUCCACUCAAAAUCUAACUUUAGUGGUAAAAGUCACCCCUUGUGGUCUUGGAAGUUUGUACGGGUUUUUUCCUUUUUGAAGAAUAAUGCCCAUGGUUAGCUUAGAUUCAUGGUUGACUUUAAAUGGAUUAAAAUAAUGACAGAUUUUUACUGAAAGUUUUCCACAAAAAAAAAAAAAAGUGUCAAAACAUUAAAGUUUGAUUUCAAACGUUUUUUUUUUUAUAUGAAAAUAUUCAUCUCAGUCUUCACCUAGACAAACAAACCCACCUUCAGCUUGCAGGCCUGGACAAACCUAUAUGGGAGGUUAAUGACACCAAAAACACAGAUUUAAGGUGGACUAUAACUGUAACCAUAGCGCUAGACCGGCUAAAUUUAACAUGGCUAGUACACACCACAGUCCGGUACCUUAAAGGAUAACGUUGGCAUUUUUCAACCUGGAACCUAUUUUUCCAUGUUUUUGUUUCUAAGUGGCUGAUGCAAACAAGGACUUUUGAAUUUGGUCCUGCAUUAAGAGAGUACCAUGUCCACAGUAUAACCAGAUGGGACAAUUAUUCAACAUCACUGUACGUCCAGUGAAGUGUUUAUUUUUGCCACAGACAGGCUCAGAUUGUUAUUGUAAAUGUCUGAAGUGUCUCUUUACCUUUGUCUUGAUCUGGUCUGUUUGUUAUUGUGUCUUAAGUCUAGCUCAAGGAGCAGUCUCGCUCUGAAAUCUUACAAGACGUGAGUUGUUGCAGGAAGACAAUGGUGGAAAUGCGAAUGAGAGGGAAUAGUGCGUUGUGUUGGAGUACAGAAAAGGUAGCUCAGUGUUUUAUUCAAAAGAUUUUCAAUGUUGCGUUUCUAAUGUUUUCUUCCUGCAACAAGUCACAUCUCAUGAGAUUUCAGAACAAUACUUUUCCUUGAGUAAGACUUAAACACAUUCACCAACAGACCAGAUCAAGCCAAAGGCUAAGAGACACUUCAGACACUUACAAUGACAAUCUGAGUCUGUCUGUGGCAAAAAUAACCUCUUUUAAAGGAUGUACAAUAAUGGUGCACAAUUGCCCCAUCUGGUAACAUUGUGUGCAUUGCGCGGCUGCUGACUGCAGCCCUCUUUAUCAAUACUGGACCAAUUUAAAAAAUUAAUAUUCACAUCAAUCACUUCAGCACAAAACAUUGGAAAACAGGUCCCAGGUUGAAAAAUGCUGAUGUCACCCUUUAAGAGUGCUGAUCUUAGACCAGCUAGACUCUUUGAGAGGUGAUUGCAGGAUUUUGUAACUAUGCUGCACACCAAUCACAAGCAAAGUUUCAAUGACACAGUCCUGCUACAGUAAUGAAACACCUUAGUCCUAAUGCUCAGGCAGAUUUGUAAACUAUUUGUGAAAGUAAGAGCAAGGAACAAGUGAUUUUUGCCAAAAGAAUGCAGAUCACAGGGGCUAAAGAACAUAGAGUAGAGGUUUAGUUUAUUAAUCUAAAUAGAUACUAAAACAAUUUUUAAAAGACUUUCCUGAGACAAUGUCCCUGGUUCUAGAUCAGUGCUCUUUCCUGUAGAAGCUUGAUAUAUAUAUAUAUAUACAUAUGGCCCCUGGUUCCUUUGGCUUUACCCUUUUAGGGCGAUGUGGAACACUGAAUCCAGAUCUGUGGUCAGUUGUGACUGAGACGCACUGCUAGUUGCUAGACCAGUGGGACCACUCGCUCUUUAGUGUCUCAUGAAUGGGGUUUAUGUUGUAAUCUUAAUGUUGUGUUUUUGUCACUUUGUAAAACUUUUGUUUCUUAUGCUUUUGCUGUUGUAAGUUGCUGUCAGUGUUGUCAGUUCUGUUUCUCUAGCUUCUGCUCAGAAAUUCAGGAAUGUUUCAAAAGAUAUAUCACAUUAGAAAACACAUAUCUGAUUGAUAUAGGAACUGUUGAAGCGUUUGUACGGUUUUCUCCAUGUUUUUCUAAGAAGUGUGCUCUCUCCUGCCGUGUUUCCUAUAGUAUAUAACCUUUUGCAUGUGCCAAACCUGGAAAAUGCCAGAACCCGACAAUAGCAGCGUUGCACUAGCUGUAGUCACAUGGAUGACUUCUUAUUUGUGGCAGCUUCUCCCAGCGUGGGUCGAGACCCGCCUGAAGCCACACCUGCUGUACACUCUGUUGGCCACAAACCAUAUAGCAUGCUGCCAUGAGUAUACCAGUGCACAUUGUGUCAGUACGCUUUACGAUGCCAGUCAGUUUGAUAAACGACUCAUCAUAUACGGCACUAGAUUUUCCUGCCUGUGUAGCCUUGGGCAGAGUUGUGUCCAGGAAAAAAAUAACAUUUCAACUUGUGGAGCAUUUUGAUUUAACACCUACAGUGAAUUCCACAGAAGUGAGAGAAAAUAUUCCUUGUACAUACUUAGAGUUUACUCAGCAACACUCUUGCCCUCGUCCGAGCCUCACUUGCACCUCUGUAUGUGCUGACUUAAUAGAUCCAUCCCUUUAAUAGAAUCUCUGAUUACUUGCUUCCCAAACUUCUUUCUUCUUAAUAAUGUUUUCAAAACGUCACAGUCAGUGUGGGCAUGAAAAAAAGAUUACUUACUCUCCCCUUGUGUGCCUUUCCCAACUUGAACAGAUAUACUGUACAUCGUGUUCUUAAUCUCCAUAAUCCAGCUCUGAUCUAAACUUUCUACUCCGUGUUUACUUCAUACCUUUUCACCACUUCCUGUAUCUUUAAAUCCAUUGUCAAAGUCAAUUCAUUCUGUUUAUACUUCAUUUUUUAGUGUUUCAGCACAUCUUACAAAUGAAUGAAUGUGAAUAAAUGUUACAAUAAAAACGUUCUGCACGCUUUGUUCACACAAAUGCUCCAUCAUCUGGUCAGUACAUCACAAACUAAGAACUUUUUUUUGUCUGACGCCAGUAACCUUUACAGUCACAACUUGACUUAUCCUCCCGUGUCUGCUUGCUUCACCUUUACCUCCCUGUGCCUAUUAAUGACUGAAUGAUGUAGUGAGUUAAUUAAUAUCUGUAUCGACAAUAUCAAUUGAUGAUCUUUGGGGAGUGAAGGAACAAUGGACGGGUGAUUGAUGGGGUUUAUAGUUAAAUGAACGAAAAGAUAGAUGAUGAUGAUGGCUUGUUUGAAGGACGACCCCUGUGCCUCGUCACAUCGAACCGCCCCUCCCUCGUCGUCUCUUGUACGCCCCUCUUUCACUCCGCCUGUUCCUCCUUCCUCAGUGCCUGGGCCAAGUCAAUCCAUCAUCUUAUCGACAGCACGCUCGUCCUUUUCACCCUUUAAAUCCCGUCAGGUCAGGAAAGCGGUUGAUUUUUCUCGUGCGAUUUACACAGUUGGCAUCAAUUCCACCUUUUCCUUUUCUCUACUGAGUCCCCCCAGUGCCCCAUGGGAAAAGAGUUUUACUUUGUUUACAUUCUGUUUGAUGUCCUUACCUUUUUGUUUUUAACUGAUCAGGAUGUCCAGAAGAUGAUGAAGUAACUGUCUGACUAUGUUUUAUCUUAAAUGGAAGGUUUUAAGAAAGAGGGUUUUUUUUGAUUGGCAUUUCGUACAGUACUCCUUUCAGGUUUGCUUUAGAUAAAUCUUGUGUAACGUCUAUCCUUCGUAGUCAGUCAUCACUCUCCGCUGUGUUCUGUCCACUGUGUAAUGAGAGAGUUGAGGUGAACUGCCAUCUUUUUGGCCGUACCAGAGCACAGGAUCAACAAUGUGCAGGAAUGCCUUAUCCCGUAACCCAUACAGUAACAUGGUCUCUAACUCGCCUCUCUUUGUUCAUUUAUUCUCUCAGCACCCCUGUCUUUGUACAUAAAUGACUUACAGUAGAUAUCUACAUAGACUGUAAAAGAAAGAAUAUAUUGUAUUUUGCAAAAUGGUGUAUGUUUGUUUUCUUCCCCUGUCAGCCUGAAACCUUUAAAAUGAGUCUGAGCUACUUACCUUGUAACUGAUUGUGUCAUUUGUACCUAAUGUAUGAUAAUGCAAAUAAAAAAAAGGAAAAUGAGAUCCAA